AAUUAAGUAGUAUGUGGUAGUGAUUUAAAAGUUUAAAUUGGUUAAUAUUUUACGUGAUGUCUAUAUUAAGGAAGUUAUCGUGUAAGAAAAGUGCUCAAAUUGAGGCUUUGUCGUCGGAGUGUUAUCAAGCGGGUGUUUAUAAACAAGCUUGUGACAGUGAUAUCGGACUUUCGGUAUUGCCCUUGCAAAAUACUACGGAUAUUUUGCCAGAAAUUGACGGAAGUCACCACGACCACCAAUUGGGUUUUAAAACCUUGAAUCAAACCGGUACAACACAAUCGGACACGCUUUUUAUCGAUAAUGACGAAAACAUCGACGCGGAUAACUUAACAGAUCUUCAAUUAUGCUCAAUUUCGACAAUAUCAGAUUCCACUCAGUCAAUUCCAAUUCCGGACGGCCUGGUUAUGGACCCCUUAUCACCCACGGCGCUUGCAGUCCCAAAUCAAAUUAUGGGUCGCAUUGGCAAUGGGCUAACACUGCUUAGAGAUCACGGAAAGAAAGUUCAAAAAUAUCUACGUAAAAAUAGAAAGUUUGAAGUUCUUAAGAAGUCGUGGAAAUCAACAGUUAAUAUUAUAUUAGUGGAAGCGAAAGACUUGCCUGAUUGUGCUAACACAAACUCCAACGGACUAUACUGCAAAUUUAGGUUAGGAAACGAGUCACACAAAUCAAAACAAGUUCACAAGUCGAAAGCUACGUGGCGAGAGAGAUUCAACAUUCAUUUAUACGAAGAUAACUUAUUAGAGGUUAAAGUUUUGCACAAAAACAAACAAAAAGUUUUUAUGGGAAGAUGUGUCAUCGACCUCGCUCACCUGGAGAUGGAGAGAACGCAUGAUCUGUGGCAAGAGCUGGAGUGCGGAUAUGGGUCCCUUCAUCUACUCAUCACCAUCCUCGGGUCGGGUAGACCUCCGCCUACUGACAAUAUACCCACAACCAAUGGCUUUAUCACUGACACCACAGCUGAUGAGAAAUAUUUAUGGUACAACUUAAUGGAUAGCUGGGACGAGGUUGGUCAACUGUCCGUCACCGUUCACGGCGCUAAAGGGUUAAGCGCGCUUAAUUUGAGAGGAAAUGUGAGCGCUUAUUGCAUGCUGGAACUUGAUAACUCCAGAGUAAAAACGCACGUGGUACGGGGCACGCCAGAACCUAACUGGAACAAGAGUUUCACAUUUGCCGUAAACGACAUCACAUCUGCUAUAGAUAUAACUGUGUAUGAAGAGUCGAUGAUACACUCAAUGAAAGGGGAGAUGCUCGGGAAAGUUUCGAUACCGUUGCUGAGGAUUAACAACAAUGAAAUGAAAUGGUACGCGCUCAAAGAUAGAAAUAAAAAGAAAGAAGCUCGCGGGGACUGUCCUAGAAUACUGUUGGAGAUGGCUGUUGUGUGGAAUCCUUUAAAAGCAACUAUGCGCGUACUGAGACCCAAAGAAGUAAAAUACGUACAAAAACCGCCUAAAUUCGACAUUCCACUAAUUUUAUAUAAUUUAAGAUUUAUUAAAGGUAUCUUUAAAGCUUUUCAAGCAGGAAAUGAAUGUUUCAAACGUGUUUUCGAGUGGGACAACCAGGAGAAGUCGGUUCUAGCGCUGGGGGCGUGGCUCACCUUUUGGUAUUUCUUCAGAAUGUGGAUGACCCCGCUCCUGCUUCUUAUACCAUUCAUUCACUAUUGGCUCAUACAGAGAAACAGCAAUACCCUAGUCACCUUAAUUCAAACUGACGAUGAUUGUUCCGAUGAAGAAACAGACGCACCAAAGGAUGAGAAAACAAUAAAAAAUCGGAUCAACGAACUACAAGAUUUCACAAUUACCAUAAAGAACGGCAUUGACUACAUUGUAUCAUUGAUAGAGCGUUUACAUAACUUAACAAAGUUCAGCGUUCCGUACCUGAGUUAUCUUGUCAUGUUGGUGCUGGUAGUCCUAGCAGUGGCUUUCUACCUCAUACCGGCCAAUUACUUUUUCAUGGCGUUUGGUGUGUACAAAUUUACCAGAAAAUUCCUAAAUCCGAACAGAGUUCCUAACAAUGAUAUACUAGAUUUUGUAUCGCGAGUUCCAGACAACGCACUUUUGAAACAAUGGCGAGAGCUGAAAGUUCCAGAGUCUGGUCUAGAUCGUUCAGACUCCUCGAAGACGCGAUAGUACAAUUAAGCACAAAAACUGUGCCUGCAUUUAUUAGUUACGUUCAUUCCCGACCUACGGUGUGUAGUGCCAUAGUGGAACUGAACGGGUGCCUAUAACAGCUCAAUAUGUGAAUAACGUUGCAAUUUUAAGCUAUUUCAGUUCGUAUGACAAUCACAGCACGAUUUAUUGUACUGUGAAUCUUAAGUGUGUGAUCUCGAAUCAAUAGUGUGAUCUUUCGUGUAUGUAGUUUUAUAUUUUAGUUUAUAUUUUCAAAGGUCUUAGAGUAAUUAACCAAAUGGAGACGGCAAUGCGAAUUUUGCUCUACAAAAACAUGGGAGCAUGAAUUGAAGGUACCCGUUAUGCACUCGUUUUUCUGUUACAUCUGCAAUUCAACACUUGCAAAUACUUACACAUUUGUAAACGAUUUUUAUUGUUGUACCUACUUGUCGAUAUUGUGCGUUAAUUAACAGUUCUAACAUGUUCAUAGUAAAAGUAUGUUUUUAAGACGUGCUGUUUGUUAAACCAACAUUACAAUAUGCGUGGCAGUACUAAUAAACUUUUUGGCAUUCUGGUCUUCUUAGAGUUAGAUUUUUGUAAUUAGUGCAAAAUGCGCGCAGAGUCUCCAUUCCGUUUUAUAUUCUAAGACAACGUUUUGUUGCAAAGAGGAACUGAACAAGUGCUCAAUUAAAGACGAUACACACGAUGCGAUUUUAUACAGAUUUAUAUUUUAGUCACAAGUAUACAUAUUAAUACUGAGACUUUGUUAAAUUUUGGUUGUCCAUCGUUCGUGCUUGCCGUUAGCCUAUUUAAUAAUAAAUUAUUAAUUUAAUAAAACAAUGUGAUUUACGUGAUAAUUUAUAAUAUAAAUAAUUUAUAUUUAGUUAAGCCUCAACUUGAGGUACUGAAGGAUCUUGCCAUAAUAUGACUAGCAUCUCCUUCGCGGUUUGGUUUUGGUACAUGUAAUUCCUUCCAUUCUUUCUGGAAAUUAAGAAUACUUAGUUAUACGCAUGUAUUUAGAAUUAUUAUUGACAAUAAUUAUAUUAUAAUGUCAUACCAAUACAUCGUCGUCAGGCAAUCUUGACACGAAGUCCAAUAAAUCAUUAUUUAACAAUCGAUUUGGGUUCUUGUAUUUCCUUGUGAAUUUCAUGAUUCCUGUGAAAUUUGAUAAUUUUAUAAAUACUACUUUAUUAUGUUAUUUACUAUGUAUGACAGCAAUGUGUUUAAUUCAGGAAACAAUUACAAUUCAGGGACCCACUAAAUAUGUUUUAUAUUUAAUGAAUAAUUUUAUUUAUUUAUUAAACUGAUUAUAUUUAAAAUUAAAUAUUUUAUCUGUUUA